AUUUGGAGAAUGCAGACGGUGUUUGUUGAUGGGUUUGACGUGCAAAAGAAAAAUUUUUGUGUGCAUUUUGUGUGUGGUGUGGAUUUUUCGUCAGUAAAAUUUUAAAUAAUGUGAAAAUGCAGUAUGGGCGAUCAAUAUUUUGGUCAGCGACGGGCAGUUGAAUCCGUGGAGGAGAAGGGUCAGUCGCUGAGUGAUGCCGCCGCGGAGAGUGGCGAGAGUUUGAUAAGUAGUGUUACAUACGAAAAGAUUGACUUUAUAGUGCUGCCCAUUUCGAUAAUUGUGGGAACCUUCCUUGGUGUCUUGCUCGUUAUCUCUGUGCUCCUCCUCAUCCUGCGCUGGUACUGGAAGUGGGGCACCAACGCUGAGUACACAAAACUCCCGCCGUCCCCCGUGAUGGACACCCAAACCAAAAAUAGUGCUGAUGUAAACAACACGGAAAGUAGGACACCAGUCACAGCCCCAUCGCCCACCUCCUCGGCCUCUUCCACCACAUCCACCUCCUCCACCAUUCUACUCACCUUCCCGCCACCCCUGGCCGCGGUGACGGUGACUAAGACCGUCCUGCCGUCGCCACAGCUUCCGCCAGCGCCCAUUGCUCUGCAAUCGCCAAAAUUACCCCCGGAAACACCCCAAUCUGCGGGCCCCCUCACACCCCAAUCGCCCCGUGUUGAUUGGCUGCACACCCUGCAGACGGAACUGCAGCACAUCCAGCCAAAGCGACAGGGGAGCCCGUCCGAGAAUAAGGAGAACACCGCACCCAAUUCCCCGCUUGUGGCUUCAGCUAACUACAAGCACGGCAACUACUUCCGCUUCCCGGAGGUGGAUGUGUGGUCAGCUAGCUCCAAAGCAGCCCCAUCGACACGCCCUCCUCCAGUUUCUCUUCCAUCGGAAAGCCCUCAAAAUUCCCCGGAAGUCGUAACCACACCGCGGGAUACGUUGACAAUUGGACUAAUAUCCCCUGCAGACACGGAGAUGGCACGGAAUUCUCCCACAGCCCGGCGGGCACGCCUGAAGUCGAUUUCAUUGGAUUCAGAGAGUGCUCGUCUCGUGGAGGAGAAUCUCAAUGUGGCCAUGGAGGAGCUGGAUCUGGAGCCAGCCCCAUCGCCGCCGGCAUGCCCGAAGACAACGCGCAACAAGCAUCAGCUGAAGAUUGACAUUGACAGUGAGAAUCUCACGGAUGUGGACGUCCGGCAGCCACCGACGCCCAAGACGCCCACUCUCACGCAGACCCGGCAGAAGGCUGUUUCGUUGGAUUCCGAACCACCGGGUGGGGUGUGCAAGAGUAAAACACAGACGGCAAUGACGACCAGCGCAACGGCGUCAGCUUCCGUGCCGACAACACCAAAGCGCCAGCAGCAACAGAUGAGUAUCCAUCAGCCACAGCGCGGGAAGUCUCGUAGUACGUCUGAUCAUCUGGGAUCCAAUUUGCAGCGCCUCAAGAGCGUCACGCUCAGUGUGUCCAACAAUAAUCUCAAGACGCUGCCGGAAGUGAUGCCGCUAAGUGAUUUUGGGGGUACCCCACCACCGCCUGCUCAGCCUCCAGCCAAGGUUCGCUCAAGCCUUCUGCAGCGCCGUGGCUCCAAUCACAGCUUAACCCUCAAUCUGGCCGGAUCUGUGGGUGAUUUAGCGUCGAACGCAAGUCUCACGGGUUCCAUGACAACAAAUGCCCAGGCGACGGGCAAAAAGGGUCUGCUGCAGCGUCGUGGCUCCAAUGCCAGCCUCACGCUGACCAUUCAGUGCUCAGAUUCAGGAUUGAGUCGCUUCAACAGCCACGGGAGCCUCAAUGCGGCCUCGCAGUCACGCAAGGGGCUCCUGAGUGUGUCAAAUACCAGCCUGAGGGGAUCAGCAUGCAGCUUGGCACGCCUCAAAGGCACCCCAGGGCCAACGGAGCUCUGUGCCGGCAGUGGGGGCGGUGCGCAUCACCACCGGAAGUUCCUCAGUUCGGAAAAUCUCCUCCAGAGAGCCACUGCGCACCAUCAAACGGACAGUCUGGAGCUGGAAGAUGCCCCUGGUGGGCUGGAGGAUGACGACACAGCUGAUGAGUGCGCCAUUAGGCAGAUAACCACCAAACCACUGAGCCCCCAAUCAACGUCGGAAGACUUCAAGAUCUACUUGGCAAACAUUCAAUUCCUGCAGAAUGCAUCGAAUGUGCUGCAUAUGGGGGAUCUCCGGGAGUACCAUGCAUGCUUCGAGGGGCUCCACGAUGCCCCGUCGUCGUGGCAGGAGGAGAGUGAGGAGGAUCAGAUGAAGCAGCGACGGAAGAUACGGCAAAUUCAUCAGGAAUUCUGGGAUUUGCCGACUAAUCAUCAGGAGAAGCCGAUGGUUUUUGGGUCACAGCAUAAGAAUCGCUACAAAACCAUCCUACCCAAUGAGCAUUCACGCGUCAUUCUGCAGCCAGAAGAUCCGGAAUCACUUCAGGAGCCAUACAUCAAUGCCAACUACAUUAAGGGACCAGACGGAACGCACAACGCCUACAUCGCCACCCAGGGCCCAAUGCCGAAUACAAUUUACGAAUUUUGGUUGAUGGUGAUGCAGAAUGUGCGUCGCAGCGGUGAAUGCGGUGGUGGUGCGUGCGAUCAAAAGAUCGCCAUGCUGACGGAGUUUGUUGAGAGUGGAAGGACAAAGUGUGCAGUGUACUUCCCCGUGGAAGUUAAUCAAGUGUUGGUGUUUGCACACGGUGCUGAUGAUGUCCUGUCGGCGCAUGCACCCCCACCCUGUUCCACAAGUCCGGAAGAUGCGCAAACGCAGGCGGAUUCGGUGUGGCUCAAGGCGUACCUGGACAUGCUGGAGGAUGAUGGGGGCAGCAGUGAGGAGCGUACGGAUGACAAGCUCAUCCACAGGUGUGCAUUUGUCAUUGAGAACACGGGGGUGGAGCAGAAGAAGGGCUACUCCGUGCGAAAGCUGUGUGUGCGACACUUUGACAAUGAUGGGAAACCCAUUAGAUUCAAUGUGCGUCACUACUGGUUCCCCGAUUGGCCCGAUCAUCGUUCCCCCGAAGAUUUGGGUGUUGUCCUGGAUUUUGCUCUUGAUCUCCUGGCCAGUGGAAUUGAUUCUGCCACGCAGGAAGUCCCCACACGUGCCCCUCUGCCUGUACUUCACUGUUCCGCGGGGAUUGGACGCACAGGCUGCAUGGCGGGCAUUCUCAAUGCAGUGAGACAAAUUGAUUCGGCCCCCGUGAAUCCAAGUGUGGACAUUUUGGGGAUUGUGUGCAAUUUAAGGCUACAACGCGGUGGGAUGGUGCAGAAUUCCGAACAGUAUGAGCUCAUCUAUCGAGUGGUGUGUCUCUAUCAGAAACGCAAAGAUUCCAUGACCCAUCGUCGCCCACCGCAACAGGUACCCUUCCUUCUCUGUGACACACUCGAUAUUUAAAAAGAAAAGAAAAAAAAGAUUUAAAAAAAGUAGAAAAAUCACAAAAAAAAAUCAAAACAGAUUCUCACUUUGUAUGUGUGGUGUGCAUGUUUAAUUAAUUGGGAAAAUGAUUAACUUGAUGGUGGUACAUUGUAUAGCGUAGAGUGGGGUGUUUUCGUCUUUUGUUUUUACAAUCAGUAAAUUAGUCCUUUUUUGGUCAUGAUGUAGGCAGACAAAAGAGGGUUAGCAAAGAACUGCGGGGAAACUCGUAGUUGCCGUUCAAGCCGGAAGGGGUUCGUUGGUGCGUAAGGGCGCCACACGUGCACCAUUGCCAGAAGUCUCAGUAGAGCGAGGGGUGAGGCUAUUGCCCGCUAGAUGGCGCUGCGGCUAUCGGCCGCUAGGUGGCGUUAGCAUUGUCAGGGUGCCAAGAGAGAGUGCUGCUGAGAGUACGAGCGAAAGCUCGUCAGUCGACGACAGACCGUUGAAUGAGCAGCACGGAGUGGCACGUUGCUGGCUGGCUAAGAAGGUGAGGCUGGCAAUGGGCUCUCCGGCUGUUCGGUGCGUAGGGGGCCCUUCAGGCACCCUACAAUGAAAAGAUUUAAUUUGGUUAAAACUAAUGUUGACGCAAAUUUACCUUAUUGUGACGCAGAAAAAGACUACUUGAGACUCAAAUCUCAACUCUUCUUAUUUUGACUCAACCUUUGAGUAAUGUAAACUCAAUUUUUAUCUAAUAUAGACUCAGCCUUUACCUUAUGGUCGCCUUAAGAGGGGUCUCUUUUGAGAGCUGGUGAAAUUAAAUAUUUUUAUUUUUCUUGGGGUUUUUCUUAAACUUGGUUUUCCAAUAUUGGUUACAUUUGUAGCAUAAUUAUUGAAGAGUAAGAAAAUCACUUUCCGCCAUCUUAGAUACGACGCCAUCUUGAGAUUUUCCUCAAACACAAAGGUAGGUUUUUCUCAGGAUUUACUGGAUGGAUUUUAAUGGGGUAAAAAGCAAAUGAAAGAGGAAAUACCAAUGCAGAUUUUGAUGUACCAGAAUUUUGAAUUUCCAUCUUGGGGCUGAGAAAUGUGAAAAAAUGUGACUUUUUUCAGAUAUUUUUGACGUUUUUCCACUUUUCUUAGCCCCAGAAUGGAAAUUCAAAAUUCUGGUACAUUAAAAUCUGCACGGGUAUUUCCUCUUUCAUUUGCUUUUUACCCCAUCAAAAUCCAUCCAGUAGAUCCUGAGAAAAACCUACCUUUGUGUUUUCAGGAAAAUCACAAGAUGGCGUCGCACCUAAGAUGGCAGAAAGUGAUUUUCUUACACUUCAAUAACUAAGCUACAAAUGAAACCAUCAUCAGAUAUUCAAGUUUAAGAAAAACCCCAAAAAAUAACAAUAUCAAUAAUGUGUAAAUUCUAACAUUUUUCACAAGAGACUCCCCUUAAGUUAAAACUUGUGGCUACAUUAGGUAUUUUGUAGUACAGAUAAGUUAAAAUAAGUUAAAACUUGUGGCUACAUUAGGUAUUUUGUAGUACAGAUAAGUUAAAAAUUGAGUCUGCAUUAGUUAAAAAUUGAGUCUACUUUAGUCAAAGGCUGAGUCUAAAUAAGAAAAGAGUUGAGUCGCAAAAAGAGGAUUUGAGUCUCAAGUAGUCUUUUCUUUCUGAGUCACAAUUAGAUAGAGCCGAUUUAAUUUUGAUCAGAAAAACGUUUUAUUUGCUCAUGAGAAUAUUUUUUUUAUUUGAUCAAAAGAUUCAAUUUUGACCAGAAAAAUUACUUCUUUCGUUAGAAAAUUAUUUACUAAUUUUUUAGAACUAAUUUUUGUGCAGAAAAACGUUUUAUUUAAUUAAAGAAUCAUUCUCAUUGAAGAAGAGAACGUUCUUUUCAUCAGAAUAAUGUUUCUUUGCACAAAGAAAGGAUUUUUCUUUUAACCAAUAGUUUAGAAAAAAAAAUUAUUUAGUCAGAAAAACAAUUUAUUUCGUCAAUAGAGUGUGAUUUUUGGUCAGAAAAAAACGUUCAUUUUUGAUCACUAAAACCGUUUUAUUUGAUUAGAAAAUCAUUAUUGAACAAAAGAAUAUUCUUUUCCUCAAAAUUAUGUUUCUUUUUAACCAGAAAAAGUUUAUGUUUGAUCAAAACAAACGUUUUUUUUAUCAUGAGAAUGUUUUAUUCUGUUUGAUCAAGAAUGUGAUUUUCUUUGUCAACAGAACGUUUUUUUUUUUAAAGAGAUUUAUUCGUUUGUCGUAAAAAAAAUUGUUUGACCAUAAAAUGCUUAUUUUUGACCUAAAAAAUAGAUUAAUUUAGCCAGAAAAAUAAUUCUUCUGGACAGAAAAAAUGUUAAGUUUGAUCGAAAUACUAUUUUUUGGUACAGAUUUUUUUUUCAAUCAAAAGAAGGUUUUGCUUGAUCAAAAGAUCAUUCCUAUUAAUCAGUGAAGCAACAUUUUGAAUAGAAAAUAGUAGAUUUUGAUUUAAAAAAAAAUUUAUUUGGUCCAGAUAUCAUAUAGCCAGGAAAGCGUUUUGCUUUAUUAGAAAAACGUUCCAUAUAACCCCAGAGUAAAGUUUUGUUUAGUCAAGAAAAAUGAUCAAAUUAAAUCAAGAAGAUUAAUUUAUUUUCUCCAUCAUUCUGACCAAGAAAAUUAAUUUGUUUGACCAAGAAAAUUCUUCUGAUUCCAAUGAAAAAUGCUCCAGAUUAUUUGUCUAUUUUACUGAUCAAAUUAAAUGAUUUUCAUGGUUAAAAAAACCGUUCUCUGACUUGAAAAAAUGUUCUCCCGGGUAAAAAAAAUCAUUUUAUGGACUAAAAAAUAAUUUAACUGACCAAAUGACUAAUUUACUGGUUAAAAAAAUAUAAGAUUAUCCCCGCGUAUAGCGUCAUUUAGUACAUUUACAACAUAACUACAUACAUAAAUACAUAAUAUAGUAUCCUAGAUAGCGUCUCCUUCAGUCUUGCCAGAACAUGACAGGGACUUUCAAUUGCUGAAGAAUUUUUCUUUUCUCAAAGUUCUUUUCUUAAUGCGAAAUUGAUUUAAAUUCAAUAUUGAGAUUUUUUGAAGGUUUUUUUUUUAUUAGAAAGUGGGCCUUUAUCAGUCACUGCGGGAUGUAAAUUUUAUUUAAGAAAAAGGAAAAGAUUUUACCAUUCAUUGACCUAAAUUGGCAAAGAACAAUUUUCUAGAGGUUCUAAUGAUUUAUUUUUAAUUUGUUUCUCUAAAUAAAAAUUUACUUUCUACAGUACCUGAUGAAAGUCCACAGAAAAAAGUCUUUAGAAUUUUCUUUUAAAUAUUUUUAUUAAAUUGAUUUGAGAAACGUAACUUUAUUAAAUCAUUUAGAUGCAUUCUAUUACUGAAAUUUUGAAGAUAAAUCAUGUUUAUUUUUAUAAUAAAUACUUCAAGAGUAAAUUGAUAAAAGAACAGUCAAACUUUCCCCUAUUUACUGUAUCCAAUAAUGUUCAAAAUAAGAACAACUUAAGAAGAACAAAAGAGCAGAAUUUUUGAGAAAUUCUUCAGCAACUAUUUGUGGCUUUAAAUAUGAUCUUAAAUGAUUCUCGAAAAAAAAAACAUUAAUAUAUAUAAUUUAUGUAUACCUAAUACAUGUAGUACGAUAACAAAAAAAAUUGCCUGUUACAAAAACAAAAUGUAAAAAAAAAAAAAUUAAAAGAAGAAAAACCAUCAAGUUGGUGCAUUUUCUGGUCUCUCUACAUUCAAAAUAUAAAAGAAAAAAUGUAAUAAUAAAUAUUCUCACACAGAAAAAAAAUAUUCAUGUCCAUUUAAAGAGAAUUUUUUUAUUUGUUAUAUUUAAUAAUGAGAAAAUAAAAUCACAUUUCAAGAAAAAAAGAAAUAAAUGCGUGUAUGUUGAAUGUUGGAAAAAAUGUCUCAAUGUAUGAAUGUUUCAUCAAAAAUUCUUGUGGUAAAAAAAAACAAAUAUAUAAGAGAAUUAAAAAAAUCACAUCUAAUUGUAAUAAAUGUAAAAUGGAGGUAAAACAAAUGUAGUAAUGAUUAAAUUAAUUAAAUUAAACAAAGGAUAUUUUGGAAUUAAAUUGCAUUCAACGUUAGAUGAUAAAAAAAAUAUAAAAUGAAUUAUAUAAAUUAAUUUAAUAAAAAAAAAAGAAAAUAUUUAACUGAAUAAAUUUUACUUAAAAAAAAAGAAUGUAAUUUAAAUUCCAUUGAGGAAUAUAUAUUAGAUUUAUUAAUAGGUCAAAGGUAAAAAAAAAAGAGAAAGAGAAAAAGCAACAAGUAAAUCACUUUUUUUGUAAAACUUCAAACCCAGGAAUACGCUUCUAUGAAUUACUUGAGAAAAAAAAGGAAAGCUUUUUUUUAAAUAAGCGCUUUAUAUGUGAAUUAUGAGAUGUAUUUGUUUAAUUUAUGUAAAAUAAAUAUUUAAAGAGAGUUGGAAAAUAA